GUUCCGAAAUAAGGAACACGAAUAUAAAGUUUCAAGUUUAUAAACCAUUUGAGUUCAAAGAAAACGUGUUGUAUAAUUGAUAAUUAAAUCAGCAAAGCAUUUUUUUAAAUUUCCCUUAGUUGUAAAUUGUACUGUGUGUUCGUCAUCAAGGUGACCAACCUUGUUUAUAGCCUUCCGUUAUUUGGAGCAAGCGUUAGUUAGGUUAUGUUAUUUAUUUUUCAAUAAGUUACUUACUUACAGUUUAUAAUAUUUUAAUUGAAAAUGAGUCGGCGUCGUCCUCACGAAGAUGAAGAUGGUUACGAUAGAACAUAUCGUAAACGUCGCAGGGUAUCGGAAAACCAAGAAAUUGAAGACAGAUUGGAAUCUCUUAUAUUACGAGUCGGCGAGAAAAGUACAUCAUCUCUGGAAUCUAAUCUCGAGGGGUUGGCCAGUGUGUUGGAAGCUGAUCUCUCCACAUUCCGCGUUAAAAUUCUGAGGAUUCUCACGGAUUGCGCCAUUAAAAUGCCUGAAAAAUGCACAAUUUAUACUACAUUAGUUGGGCUGUUGAAUGCAAAAAAUUAUAAUUUUGGUGGAGAGUUCGUAGAAUAUAUGGUUAGGACAUUCAAAGACUCAUUAAAGAACUGUAAAUGGGAUGCAGCAAGGUAUGCUUUGCGUUUCUUAGCAGAUCUUGUUAAUUGCCAUGUAAUAUCAGCAACUUCUUUGCUACAAUUGCUUGAUAAUAUGAUUGAUGCUGCCAAUGAAGAUAAUGUCCCCCAGGUUCGAAGGGACUGGUAUGUUUAUGCCAUAUUAAGCACACUGCCAUGGGUUGGUAGAGAGUUAUAUGAGAAAAAAGAGCAAGCACUGGAACAUUUAUUGGUACAAAUAGAAGUAUUUUUAAACAAAAGAUCCAAGAAGCACCAUAAUGCCCUAAGAGUUUGGGCAAGUGAUGUUCCACAUCCACAAGAAGAGUAUCUUGACUGUUUAUGGGCCCAAGUAAGGAAAUUAAGACAAGAUAAUUGGGCAGAAAAACAUAUUCCCAGACCAUAUUUGGCCUUUGAUUCAACACUUUGUGAGGCUUUACAGCAUAGUUUACCAUCAAUUUUGCCUCCACCACACCAUGAGUCCUAUCAAUACCCAAUGCCUUGGGUUGUAUUUAGACUAUUUGAUUACACUGACUGUCCUGAAGGUCCUAUAUUGCCUGGCAGUCACUCCAUUGAAAGAUUCUUAAUUGAAGAACAUCUUCAUUCCAUUAUUGAAAUGUACCACUUGGAAAGAAAGGAUUGUGCAGCGCAUUUGUUAAAUUUCCCAUACAAAUUGAAAAUUCCCUUGGAGUAUUGCAUUGUGGAAGUGCUUUUUGCUGAGUUAUUUCACAUGCCUUCUCCAAGAUACCUUGAAAUCGCUUAUGGAGCCAUUUUAAUUGAAUUGUGCAAACUGCAACCAUCUACAAUGCCUCAAGUAUUAGCACAGGCCACUGAAAUGCUAUAUUCCAGAAUUGAUUCCAUGAAUGUUUCUUGCUUUGACAGAUUUGUUAACUGGUUUUCUUAUCAUUUAAGUAACUUUCAGUUCAGGUGGUCAUGGGAAGACUGGGAAGACUGUCUUUCUAAAGAGUCUGAACAUCCCAGACCCAAGUUUAUCAGGGAAGUUAUGAAUAAAUGCUUGAGGUUGUCUUACCAUCAAAGAUUGAGGGAAAUUUUACCUGAAAGCUUCCAGAUGUUCAAUCCACCAAAGCCAGAGCCUGAUUAUAAAUAUGCACAGGAGGGUGCUGCAAAUUUACCCGGAACGCAAGUGGCGUUGCAACUGGUAGUAUCGAUUCGUCAAAAAUGCACCCCCGAGGAGGUCUUAGGCGUUUUAAAAGACCUGCCCAACUCUCGCGCUGAAGACGGCGAAGGCGAUGGCAGGUUCAAUCCCCUGAAGAUCGACGUUUUCGUACAAACCCUCCUCAAUUUGGGUUCUAAGAGUUUCUCUCAUAGUUGGGCGGCUAUUUCGAAAUUCCACUAUGUAUUCAAGAUUUUGGCGGAAUCAGAGGAGGCGCAAAUAUGCGUUUUGAAGAAUAUGUUCGAAUUGUGGCACAACCACCAACAAAUGUUGGUAGUAUUAGUUGACAAAAUGUUAAAGACGCAAAUCGUUGAAUGUUCCGCGGUAGCCAACUGGAUAUUCUCCAAAGAUAUGAACAUUGAGUUCACAAAAGUCUAUCUUUGGGAAAUACUGCAUUUAACUAUUAAGAAGAUGAACAAGCACGUAAUUAAAUUGGGCAGUGAAUUGUCUGACGCAAGAGAAAAAUUAGCUAGGGCGGAAUCAAGUGACAGCGAAUCCGAAGAAGAUGAGAACAAGAAAAAACAGGAAGACGCAGAUAAACCAACUGAAGAAAUGGUAGAGAGAAUGGAAGAAAAACUGGAAGCAGCCCAAGCUGAUCAGAAAAAUUUGUUUUUAAUUAUUUUCCAAAGGUUUAUUAUGAUUUUGUCGGAGCAUCUCGUCAGAUCUGAUACAGAUGGAAAGGAUUUCAACACCUUCUGGUAUAAGUGGACUAUAGGAAGACUUCAACAAGUAUUUUUGGCUCAUCAUGAACAAGUCCAAAAGUACAGUUCUACAUUGGAAACACUGUUGUUUACGCAGGAUUUGGAUCCACACAUCUUAGAAGUAUUCCAACAAUUUAUAAGUUUAAGGGCGUAAUUUUAUUUUGUGCAUAUUGAUUAUUGUAGCUUUUUAAUAGAUUCAUUUGAAUCAUAAUUAAGUCUUUAUGAUUUGACAUAACAAUAAAAUAAUAUAUUAAAAGUA